CGUAAGACAUAAUAAAACAGAUUAUUGUAUAGGCACUACCGCUUACUCGUUCUUUCUCUCUAUCUCAGAAACACACACACACGAACACACACAAGGCAGACUUUAGACUUUGGAGUAAUUUAAUUGAGGGUACAGCAUGUUUUCAAAGUUUACUUGUAUUAGAGGCAACCUUGUUUUCAGUCACACUCUCCUCACAUGCUCGCACACAAAAAACGCGCAGAAGUCUCGUUUGGUCUUGACACGUGUGUAAGAGGUGACUGGAGAUACUGAUUUGUAGGAUCAUCCCUCCAGGAAGGAAUCAUUACCAGAUCUCACAAGAGCCAUGUCGGUUGUCCUGCCCUUGCUGCUAGCCCUCUCCAGUGGCGCUCUCUGUCUGGACAAACUCAAUAUGUGUAUGGACGGCAAACACCACAAAGUAGAGCCUGGUCCUGAGGGACAACUUUACCUCCAGUGUGCUCCGUGGCGUGACAAUGCAUGUUGUAUGGCCAACACCAGCGCAGAAGCCCACAAUGAUACAUCCUACCUGUACAACUUCAACUGGAAUCACUGUGGCACCAUGAGCCGCGAUUGCAAGAAACAUUUCAUUCAAGACACUUGCUUCUACGAGUGCUCACCACACUUGGGACCCUGGAUACAAGCAGUGGAUCAGAACUGGCGUAAGGAGCGUAUCUUGGAUGUGCCUCUCUGUAAGGAGGACUGCCACAAUUGGUGGGAAGACUGCAAGAAUGAUUACACCUGCAAGACUGAUUGGCACAAGGGAUGGGACUGGAACUCAGGUAUUAACAAAUGCCCUGAAGGCAGCAAAUGCAGAAAGUGGACCGAGGUUUACCCUACACCCCAGUCCAUGUGUGAACAAAUCUGGUCCAACUCCUACCUUUAUACCACCUACACCAAUACCUCAGGCCGCUGCAUGCAGCUCUGGUUCACCGGGCCAAACCCGAACAAGAAGGUGGCGGAGUACUACCUUAAUAACGCACAGCAACGACAGAGCGUUGCCUUGACAACGCUGCUUUUCCUGGCUUUCGCAUCUGCAAAGAUGAACUAAAAUGAUAUCCUUGGACCAAUCCUGUAUCACCUUGGAGGUAUCAAUAAAACUGAUUUCAAAUUUU